AUGUUGAUUAUCAAUACAGCUCAACAGCAGCGCAGGCGCCUCCACCAAAGCGAAAAGAAAAAUGGUGAAAUUCAUCAAGGCGAACAAGGCGAUGAUACUCCUCCAGGGCCGCUACACCGGCCACAAGGCCACCGUUCUCAAGAACUUCGACGACGGCACCCGCGACCGCCUCUAGGGCCAUUGCCUCGUCGCCGGCGUCGCCAAGUACCCGGUGAAGGUCAUCCGCAAGGACUCCGACAAGAAGCGGGCAAAGAAAUCGCGCAUCAAGGUCUUCAUCAAGUUGGGAAGGAGAGGAGGGAUCUGGAGAUGACGGAGAUGGAAAGACGGAUUUGA